AUGGUCUGUAAUCGCUUAUAUCAAUCGUUGAUCUUUUUACUGAUAAUGUUGUUUUCCUCGAUGGAAGGGAAAGGAUUCGGUGGUCGUGGCGGUAGUGGCGGCUUUAAAACAGGUUCUCGAGGCCCGGGUACAUUUGGCGGAGCAUCGAGUUUCAGCCGAGGAAAUAGUAUCAAUACGAUGAAUAAACCUCGAUCUGGAAGUAGUUUUAAAAGCAAUGCUGCGAGUUUUGCUGCGGGAGCAGCUGGUGGUCUUGCAGCAUACGCAUUAAUGAGGUCAAUGUCUCAUUCAUAUCAUGCUCGGCCAAAUGAUUAUUAUAGACCUGGUUAUGGAAUUGGCGAUACAUGUGUGAAUAAUGAAGAUAUGAAUGGAACUAGUUUUGGAACAUUUCGUUGUCCGCUUUACGGAUUUUCUCCUGAUGAACUGCACUGUUGUGGUGAACCAAAUAAACAAUAUUGUUGUUCGCGUAGAGCAAUCAGUCGCAAUUCAAACAGCAGUGCUCAUUUUGCAUGGAUAGUGUUGAUUAUAGCUUGUCUUCUACUUGUUAUUCUAUUAUGGGCGCGACGCUGUCGAAAACAGAAAGAUAUGGUGAUGAUCCCGACAGAACCGCCUAUGAAUCAACCACCCCCAUUCUAUAAUCCACCACCACCUCCAAUGGGCUAUCCACCUCCGCCAGCAGCAAAUCCAUAUGCUCAUCCACCACAAAAUUAUCCCGGAAGUUUCAAUCCGUACGCACAGCAAUCACAGCCAUUCAAUUCCUAUUAA